AUGAGAUGUCUGCUGUCUCAGCAGACACUCGAUAACGAUGGAAUAGCGGUGCAGUUACCCGGUACCUUAAGGUAUUUGUGCGUGUAAUGAACUCAUCUGGCUGCUAUUUAUCUUACAGUUCUUCCGAUAUACUUGCACCUGCACAAACAUCUUAAUCAGUAUAUUACGGAAGGGAAAAUUCUGAAGUCGCAGCCCUUUCAAGGAGAAUGGGGUUUCGUUCUUUAUAAGGUUAGACAUUCCUACCCCAGUUAUGUAUUUCUACAUAGUUUAGUAAAUCGAUGGAUCCAAACUUAAUGUAUUGUUGAUCCUUGCUGCCCAAGUCCAAGGACGUUUCAAGCAUCCCAACAAGACUUUAAGUAUGUUUAACUAACUUGGCCUCUGAUUAAGGUAAUUUCGCCAGAGCACAUCUUCCUAUUUAGUGUGCAGAGACUUUUGAAGCCUGCGCUUGGGUAACAGUGAGUCACUUUUAAAUGUCACCUGUUGUUGGAGGCUUCAAAUGUGCCCUGGUUCUUGGACUAGAUGCGGCUCUUACGCAUUAUCCCGGGGACCUUGUGGUAUGUUAUAUAAAGGCGAGCGGUCAGGCAUUGAUGAACCUUGCCUAUGGCAGUUCGAUUGCUGCAUGAUAGCCGCAGAACGGUGAUUUACGUGUGAACUGGUUUAUAAGUGUAGCAGGCUUUUGCAGCAUUUUCCACGACCUCUCCUUCCUCACUCACCCAUGUUGAGCGACAAGACAGGGUCAGAACGAUCGGGGGCGGACACGAGCGCGGUUGCUGACACACGAAAGUUCUUCUUCUCUAACAGAGUGCUUGAAGUUUGGAACGCCCUGCCUCCGGAUGUCAUUAUGUCUGCUUCCGUCGAGGUGUUAAAAGGAAGCUGGAUGUGUAUAGCAGUGUCCACUAAAUUACCACCCGACCUCUGUAAUCUUGACAAAUUCUGUUGUUAUAAUACUACUUGCUAUAUUUCAGUAACAUUUUAAUUUCUUAUUGCCUCCAACCCACCGCCUACGCUUACUGACAUGCAUCUAUGCAACUUUUGUCACUGGGUAUAUUGUUUAUUUCCCUACACUCGAGACGACCGCUGUACUACUGUUCGUACCACUAACACUCGAGACAGUUUGCUUAUCUGUACAGAGUUUACGCUUUUCCGAUCAUUUGUUACCUUUAUGAUACCUUUUCCAGUUUUUGAGAUUUUUCAGUUACUUGUAAACAAAUAGGGAGUUCAGAGGUGAAGACCCACAUCUCCCUCAAUAAAACUGAACUGAACUAAAAAAAGCUGAGCAGCCCAUCUGCGCGUACAACACACGACCUGGUCCCAACGUAAUGUGUUCGCUGCUAAACGGACCACAGCUCUGAACUUUCAAGUUCAAGGAAAAUGUAGCCGGUCAACAGCAAGGCAGACUUAAGUUUGCCGUAGUACUCAACCUCGUAACAAACCUCUAUAUGUUGGUGAAUCGCACUUUACGGCCUGCUUUCGGCCAGGAAGAGGCCCGGUCGAUGGAUCGGAAGAAAAGGCUGAUGCCGUUUAUUUGUUUGUGAGCCUCUUGAGUUGUGCGAAAUGUCGAACAGCUAGAAUUACUCGCCAAUCAGGUGCAUCGUCUUUUCAUAACUGCUACGUGUUAUGACCCGGAAGGAAGGUAGGACAGGAAGAGAGCCGGUUCGGAGGACAAGCACCUUAUUGGAACUUGCGGACAGGAGGGGGUUACAGCUCGUAAGAAAGGUGUGCUAUUUAUAUUGGCUCCCGUGCGUUCUAGAGCAUUCCGUCCAAUGAAGUGCCAGCCGUUGAAAGCGUUCUAGAAUGUUCCUGCCCCGAGCGUGCUGGUCGCUGAUUGGCCACCGCGUGCGCGAUAUUCCCCCCCCCGCAGAAACGUCUGAAAUGUUCGACCAGCCAUUGAUUGGGCCGCACACGUGAGCAAAGCCACCACGCGCGCUCGGCGCUGCAGUGCGUGCCGGUCGGUCGUCUAACUUCCCGCGUGACUCACGUCGCCGGCGUGGUCCCCUGUUUAGCGCCUUAGGCCGUGGCUCUACGCCGCUAUCACUCUCCAUAACACCUCCCGCUUUUGAAAGUUGGACCUCGUACCUCUUCUUCUUCGGGUCCAAGACCAGUUUCCCUGGCGGUUGCGUUCUUCUGCUACUUCUACGAACGACGGGUAAUGUUGUCUGAUUGUCUACCCUGGGGGUUGGAUCCUCAAAGGUAUCACACAGCAGGUCGAGUGCCAUUUGACUGUCUUUGGUGUGUCUAGUCCUGAGCUGAUUUGCAUGCCUCUUUAUCCUUCCAGCUGCUGUCUCCACCUCUAACACAACACCUCUGGAUUUUCUUAUUAUGCCUUCUAUCCAGGGCUUCUCUCCGGCUUUGUAGUUGCGAGCAAACACCUCCUCUCCCUCGCGAAAGUACUGUUCUGUUGUUUGUCGAAUUCGAGCUUCCGGUUGUAGGUACUGUAAUCGCGUAUCCGGCUGUCGUCCCAAAAACCGUUCGGCUGGUGUCUGGCCCCCAAGAUCACUUUUUGGAGUUGUUCGAUAGGCAAAGAGGAAUGUGUUGAGAUACUCCAGUUGAACACCUAUGUUCCACAUAUUUUUCAUCGCUCUCUUGAACGUGUCGACGAAACGUUCUGCCUGGCCAUUCGAUUGUGGAUGGAAUGGUGGUGACGUCACAUGUCGAAUUCCCCAUUUAUGACCCUGUUGUCGGAAAAUUGAUGACGUGAACUGAGUGCCGUUAUCCGUCACAAUCUCCGUGGGGAUGCCGUAUCUCGCUAUUAGUUCUUCCGUCUUCCUUGCCGUGAUAUCAGCAGUAGCUGCCGAGACGUCGAAAACUUCUAGCCACUUGGACCAUGCAUGGACAACUAUUAGAAACCUUCGGUUGAAAAACGGACCCGCAAAGUCCAUAUGGACUCGACUCCAAGGUCUCGUUACCUCUGGCCAUGGCACGGGCGGUACUCUCGGUGGGUUCUUAGCCUCUCGUCCACACGGGCCGCAGCUUCGAACGAAAGAUUCCACGUCGUUAUCAAUUCCCGGCCAAUAUACGUACUUGCGGGCCAGUUGUUUCAUGUGGGUCAUACCCUGAUGUCCGGCAUGGAGCUCCCGCAAAACUUGUUACUGAUGUCUGGCUGGGAUCACCACUUUACCAUCGCACAUUAUGCUGUCUUCCGUGAUAUACAACUGUUCCUUUCUGUUCCUGAAAGGCUUUAUCGAUGGGCGUACUUUGUCGUCGCUGGGCCAACCGUUCCGCAUAAACUCUUUCACCUGGCGCAAAAGUGGGUCUGCUGCAGUGGUGGCCCUGAUGUGCUCGGCUGUGAGCGGCAACUGUCGGAUAACACCUCUAAACUCGUCAUCAUCUUGCAUUAGCGUACUGGCGACAACCACGUCUUCUUGAUUUUCUUUGCCUGUACUCAGUCGUGAUAAAGCGUCCGGAGCUCCAAACUUCUGAGUGGGCACAUAUUGGAUCUGAAAGUCAUAGUUUUGAAGAAUAGUACUCCAGCGUUGUAUUCUCCUAACUACGUUCUGGGGAACACCACGGUUAGUACCCAAAAGGACCUUCAGUGGUUGAUGAUCAGUGUGCAGUGUGAAGGGUCUGCCAUAAAUAAACAGGUGGAAUCUCUGUACGGCGAAGAUAAUGGCCAGUGCCUCCUUUUCGAUCUGGCUAUAAUUCCGUUCUGCCUUCGUCAGUGACCUGGCGGCAUGCAUGAUUGGCUGGACUCUCCCAUCUGCGUCCUUCUGAAGGAGCACUCCGCCUAAACCGUAAUCAGAGGCGUCUGCCUGGACAAUGGUUUCUUUGUCAGCCUCGAAGUGCGAUAGCAUAGUUGAGUCGCAUAUCUUUGUCUUUACGGCGUCAAAUGCGUUUUGACAUUCUGGCGACCAAACAAACUCCACGUCCUUGCACAGAAGUCGGCUGAGUGGAGGUUUUAAACUGUACAACCCAGUGAUGAAGGGGCCGUAGUAGCUGACCAACACCAAAAACGAUUGCAGCUCCUUCGUGUUCUUCGGCACUUUCAUGUUCUGGAAUGCCUUCACCCUCUCUGGGUCAGGUGCACGCCCAUUCUCGUUCACUAUAAACCCGAGUUAGUGGAUCUCCUUCCGCAAAAAUUCACUUUUCUCCAUAUUGAUCUUAGGGCCGUAGUCGAUCAGAUUGUCCACAACCUGGUCCAGCCUUUGAUUCAGCUCUUCCUCUGAGCUACCGACAACCAAAAUAUCGUCCAGAUAUGCAAUAGUCCCGGGAAUAUUCAUAAGCAUCGUAUCCAUAAUCUGCUUGAACACACUAAGCGCCGUUUUCACGCCGUAGUUUAUACGAGUGUAUCUGAAGAGACCCUUGUGCGUAUUUAUGGUCAAAAGUUCCUGCGAUUUCUCGUCCACCUAAAUUUGCAGGUAAGCUUCGGAUAUAUCGAGCCUUGCAAAGACUUUCCCUCCAUUUAGAGUAGCAAAAAUCUGCUCUUAGGUUGGCAGCGGGUAAUGAUAAUCUUCUAGUGCGUCGUUCAGGCCCGUUGAAUAAUCCGCACAUAAUCGUAUUAUUCCGUUGGGUUUCUUCACCGCCACGACUGGAGCAGCCCAAGCUGAAUAAUUGGUAGGAUAGAUUAUGCCCUUUGUCUGUAGUCUUUCUAGUUCAGCAUCUACGGACGACUGUACCGCAAACGGGACUCGUCGGCUCUGCUUGAAGACCGGCUUUUUCUCCGGCUUCACUUUCAAACUUAUCUUCGUCUUCGUGCACCUGCCAGCCGCGUUCUCCAUGCGUUCCAUAUACUUAUUCUUCAGGACCUCCUCAGUAGUGUUGUGCACCGCGCUGCAAAUUUCGUCAAAGGGACCGUUCCCCAAUCCCAGUUCGGAGAUCGUCUUAUUUCCGAGAAGAUUGUUAUGGGUCUUCAACACAUAGACAUCUGCGAGGCAAGUCAUGUUUCGAAAACUGACAGUCGCCUGGAAAACGCCUUCAAAUUCCAUACGCGUCUCGUUCGACGCCCACGCUAUGAUCUCUGAUGGUCUCAGUUCUGGAGAACCGAUGUCCUCCCAUGUGCGCAUGUUGAUUAUGGCCAGAUCAGAAGCUGUGUCUACUUGUAAUGUGGUCGGCUUUUCGUUUAUAUUCACUGUCAAGUAUUUCCGGUGUUCGCAGUUGAGUACUUGCAAAUCGUCUUCUAAAACUACAUGACAAUUCUUUCUUGGGCUAGUGUGCGCUGCUCUGCAAUGUGAAGCUUUAUGGCCAACACGGGAACAUUUUUAGCACUUUCUACUACGAUAGGGACAUUCAGUCACGUAAUGCCAGCCGCCGCACAGCCAACAAGCCGUCUUUGGCUUCCGUGGAGAAACUCUAUUUGGUUGUGGUUGUCUCGAUUUUGUGUCGAAAACGUAAACUGGCUGACUAUUUGUGCUUCCAAUAAGCCGGGUGUCUUGCUUGAUAUUUGUGAUUCGGACACAUUCCUCUGCCAGUUCCUGUACUGCCAAUAGAAGCAGUUCCUGUACUGUCAUAUCGCCUUUCUGGUCUAGCUGGGCGAGUAACCGCGUGCGCACAUCUGCAUCUUCUGGCAACGUCAACGACUUAAUGAAGAUUAGUGCUUUAAUCUGUGUGCUGGUGGCCUGUUCUAGCUCGGCUUGUUGAAAAGUAUCAUUAACUCGACCGGCCAAGUCAAAAUAGUCUUCUUCAGGCUUACGUUCUAGCUUGAAACAUUCAUAACGUCGAUUGAAUAACGACUUUGUAAAACAGAACAAUGCUUUCAGAUGCUUGACUGUGUCCUUAAACGAGACAUCUGAUGGUUUUUGAGGCAGAAUGAACUUUACGCACCGCUCGUGUUCCCGCUGGGCCAGUUUUAGCAGAAUGAUUUCCACUUUCGUCUUGUCGUCCAGUUCUGCUCCCUUCUCUUCGAACAGUCCUUCGUACUUUCGAAACCAGGCUUCGAAAUUUACGCCUCCCUCUGGAUCGUAAACGAACUCGUUGAUCCGUUGUUCGACCUGUUUCCUCUUGUUCUCUCUGGAUACCGGUCCCCAAUUUAGUUGCAUUUCCGUGAGUAAUGCCAUGAAGCUGGCCUGCUGGGCCUCCAGUAUGUGUUUCAUUUGUUCUUCUGAUACCAUUUUGCUGCACCUGCGUCGCCAGUUGUUAUGACCCGGUAGGAAGGUAGGACAGGAAGAGAGCCGGUUCGGAGGACAAGCACUUUAUUGGAACUUGCGGACAGGAGGGAGUUGCAACUCGUAAGAAAGGUGUGCUAUUUAUUGGCUCCCGUGCGUUCUGGAACAUUCCGUCCAAUGACUUGCCAGUCGUAGGGGGCGUUCUAGAAUGUUCCUGUCCCGAGCGUGCUGGUCGCUGAUUGGCCACCGCGUGCGCGAUAACCCCGCCGCGGAAGCGUCUGGAAUGUUCGGCCAUCCAUUGAUUUGGCCGCACACGUGAGCAAAGCCACCACGCGUGCUCGGCGCUGCAGUGCGCGCCGGUCGGUUGUCUAACUUCGCGCGUGACUCACGUCGCCGGCUUGGUCCUUUGUUUGGCGCCUUAGGCCGUGGCUCUACGCCGCUUUCACUCUCCAUAACAAAUAUCGUUAAGAAAAACAACAACUGAAGAGUACAUGUGCGAUGCAAAGAACAAACCUUUAACGCUAAGGAGUUUCCCUUCAACUUUUUCUUUAUGCCCUUAAUUUUCAUGCCUACCACGCCGGAAAGAUUGCUUCUUUAGGCUUUUUUGUAUCCCACAAUACUGUUACUGGUAUAUUUCUAUUCCUGUCGCCACUUACAGUUUUGGUUAGAUUUCACGAUAGGAAUUCAGUCUCAGCACAUUUUACAUUUUUUUGUCCGCCGGCAUCAUAUCAGCUACCGCGGAAUAACCGCGUAAUAUUCACAAUCCGCCAACGGGCGGCCAGUGGUUCUUUUGCCAAAUAAGGGAAAAACAUCAAGGCGCUGUAGACAUUCGUGGUGUUAAUAGUAAAGUUCAGGUGCCUGGCGUCUCCAACACUAACGCGCUCACGCAUCAACUUAUAGCGACCUCGUCGCAUGCCACGUCGUGCGACCUCGUCGCUUGCCCCCGCAGUCAACAGCUGAUUGGCCGCCGGUUACUAAGUGACGACUGCAGUCAGCAAUCCCGGGCUGUCUUUCUGGUCGCGCAUAUACGUUGCGCGCGGGCGACAGUGUGGAUAAUCCUGCAGCUGCGUUCUCUGGUGUCGCCAGCAUCUCUGCAUGUACGCAAGGCUUUUCAUGGCUUUGGUUGUUUUCUUUUUUUCAUGUUUUAUUUUAUCCAGUUUUCCGCUGUAUUCUGUCUAACCCUUUGAAUCAUGCAUCGGAAAAAUAGAAAAUACAAUUCGAAGUAAAAAAAUAUCUCGCCAAAUAGAGGCAAAUGAUAGAAGAUGGUGUAAUUUGUCUUGUCCACCGCAAUAAAGUUAGUCAUAAGUAGCCGUUCUUUCAAGGCCAUCGAUAACGUUUACAAAAUGCUCAUUGCCGAGGCUCUAGGAGGUCUCGACCCAUCUACUACCGAUCGCACCUAAUCCGUUCUGCGGACACUGCCGAUGAGUGGGCACGGUCAGAAAGCACGGAACUCUCCAAAGUCCAUCACGGACCGGUCGGGCGUUGUUUAAGAACCGCAUUCGCCCGCAAUAGAGGCUUCAUUACAGAUGAACGGGCCUGCAAAUGUAAAUCUGCAAUCACAGUACGUGGAGAAUUUGAGAAGUGUAGUCACAUGGUUCCACGUAUACGGCCUUUAUCUGAAUCCGAAGGGGGUUUCUGGCUCUAAGGUCUCCGGUACUUCGAAGAAAAUGACCCCCAUAGCGGCGUCAAGGUUCCUUCCACCGUGGAGGCCCCUCUGCUGCAUGUGAGAUCCGGGCGUUCUAUCCCCUGCACGUGCAAUCCUGGUGUGUGCUUUUUGGGAGUGGGUCUUGCAGGCGGCACGCGUAGACGAGUUAUCUAGUUUUGUCAUCUACUGCGCCCAUUCACAGCACCAGCCAUCUGACCGCCUCGGACAGUAUUUGGGGCCUGGGCAGUGGGAACGAGAGUGAGAUCGAUGACUCAGUGCCUUUUCUUCACUACAAACAAUCGGACGCGCCUGCAGCUAUCACAAUACGCUAAAAGUCGUAGUUUAAAGGACCGCCACCUGACUGGAUAAUAUUGACCUCACAGCCAGCCCAGUGAGUGUUAAUGUGGAGUGGCCGACUGGUGGAAUGAGAGUCAGGCUUCAAUAACUCCUUCUCAAUGUGUCCUCUAUGGCACACUCACUUAGUGGGGUCAGAGCCAGGUGUGGCGGCAUCCCUAUGGGCAGCUCCGGUCGCGCCUUUCACCUGCGGUCAGUCCCGUCUUCGGUAUCUUUGACUUGGUCGUGACACCGGGUCCAUGUGGGGAGGAAGAGAUAGUGUGGUAGACGCUGCGCAAGUCUACUAUCGCCACAAACUCAUUCACGCGCAAGUCACCGUCCCCGCUCUCACUCUACUGAGGAGCACACGGUGGAAAUCGUCGAAAUCAACGGUCGAACUGUCGUUAUGGCGUUUAGGUAAUCACUUAUUGCAUUUACAAGGCAAACAGAAUUGUCAGCGCGGGCAGUAGAUUUGGGCAUUGUCUAUUACAUGCCGAACUGUCGACAGCAUGUCGCGAGAUGACUUUUUAUAGGCAGUGCGGGAGAACACGAAGGACAAGGACGUUAUUUGAUUAUUUGAAAGUCAGCACAAAGGAACGCCAUGUCCCACGCAGCUCGAACUUCAUAUCCGGCAAUCCAACACGACCUACUCGAAGAUUUAAAAAAAAGUUUCUGAAUAUGAAACUUUUUGAGCUCACGAAGAAGUGUCCAUUCAUAAAACAUCUCAUUUCUACAUCCAUUAAUGUUGCUUAUAAUGUAAACAGUAUGGUUCAAUCCCACAGUAAAAUUUCAUGAACUCCAUAUGGUAUCUCCUUAAUAGCAUAUAGAAAUUUACGAUUUUUCUCUCAUGGAAAAUAUACAUCUGGCAGUUUGGAACACCUGGAUGCAAGUCCAAUGACAGGUCGCGUUAAAAAAAUAGGCGGAAAUUGUAAAGAAAUUUUAAGACCCAAUUACACUUUCCCUUCAAGUAUAAAAUUCGAAGAAGACGUGCUUUUCUGCCAAAUUAGGAGAAGAAUAAAUAUCCUGUGCAUAUUCUCUAUAAAAUAUACUUGAAUUUAUAGGAGUAUCGAAAAUCAGUAAGGGGAAAAUCGUACUACUUAAGUCGUCGCUUUUACGGAAUGAAAUUGUUGCAGAAUAUCGGAAAGAAGCUCGUCCAAAAGCCGUCAUCCUGAUAUGACUGAAUAUCUUGAGAUUAUAUUGCAGGUUUAGCAAUAUCACAAGCCUACCUAAAUUACCUCUUCGAAUCAAGAAUAACACUUCAGAAUUUAGGGCAACACUUCAUGAGAUAACGCAUCUACAGUAGUGCGUUUAUAUGAUGUGUGUCGACGUGUAACUCAACCCAGGGGAGCAGUCAUAUGUGGUCUGCUGUGCUUCGCGCGCUUCCCCCUCAGCGAUUCCACAAACCAAACCGGUUACAAACUGAAGAUUAAGUUGUCGCGUCGCACAAUGGGCGCUUGACGGAAAACUCGUGACUGACCGAGGAUGUUCACUAUCUGGAGCAAAACUGCAUAUUUAGUCGUGCUAUUGCAUUUACACAUAGACAAACCACGAGCAAAACUAUGCAUCAGCCAAUGGAGGUGUGAGAAUCAGGUCCUACACCCCUAAAACGAUGUGUCAAACUCGCCCUGGCGUACGGAGCUCUGCGUAAUGAGGCGGGAAACCAAACUCCAACCCUACGAUUCCUGACUGCCAGCAAGACCGAUUCCGAUAUGCGUAGGAGCGGAGAGAGAAUCUGACUGGUUGGUUCACAAUUCAAACUGUCCUCUCUGUUUAUUAGUGUUUAUCUCUCGAACUGAUUGGCACGAUAUUGUGUACUAAUUAAAUGAUAUGUUGCGGGUCAGUAUUCUGAAGUUCACGCAAGCCUUUUGGUUGUCCAUGUCCCGCCCUCGCUGAUGGUUUUCUUCUUUAUGGCCCGCAGUUGGGACGAUGAGACUUCAUUUAUGAGGUAAGACUGGGGAUGCAACACUAUGAUCCCCUCCGCCACUCCCCGCUGCCAUGCUAACGCGAAUAAGGGAUACAGUUCCAACCCUUAUUUUACCUCCCCGUUCACACUACGUAAAUAUUCCUCGGUAUCUGCUAUCGAACCGUUGACCAUUUCUACAUACUCGCUUCAGACGACGGAUGUAACGGAUUUAAAUUCCUUCGAGCCGCUAAUAUGCUUCGUUAGUGAAAGAUCCACACAAGCCUAGUGACAACCGAUUAGAAGUCGCCGGGAUCUGUGCGCGACCUUGUCGCUUACCGCCGCCAGCGCCAGCUGAUUGGCUGCUGAACACAAGUUGUCAAAAUCCUUUUGGGCCGUGAUUGGCCAGCGUUCGUGUGCGCGCCCGCGUAUGGGCGAAGGUUGCGCACAUGUAAGGCAAAGAGACCUUUUCCUUCUUCAUACCUCUCAUCAUCUUUACACACUGCCAUCAUAGUGAGUAAUCCUGGGAAAGCCAGUCGUAAGCCAGCAAGUAAUUCGCGAAAUUUUGUUGUUUUAGCUUACCUAACACAUCACCAGAUAUACUUAUGCAUGAAAAGCUUGAUACAAUCAAUCCGGAGUGUCCAAAAUUGUCAGUUUAUUAUUCACAUAUUAUAUUUUAAGUAUUUUAUAUGUCCAGUGCAAAAGUAAAAUUUAAUAAAUGACUGGAUUUGCUUUAGUUUGGUCCUUUUUGGGUAAUUAACAUGAUACACUAUGGAGCAAAAGGGAGCUCUGACAGCUGCUUGCAGUGGAAGAAUGUAGAUUUCACUUCUGACAAAGAAGGCGUGGGACUUUCGGAGAAAACUAAUGAGAGUGAUACAGCUGCUUUGUAAACCCCGAAAUAUCGCUCAGGCGGAGGUUUCAAGUUUAAGAAACUAUUUUCUACGGCAAGUUUCCUGCGUUCGUCGGGUAGAUUUGUGCAAUAUUCGCAGUUUAAGUGAGUCGUUUUUAUAAAAGUUUGCUUUUACAAAUGCCAAUGCCACAAGCAUUCGUGAAGUACUCGAAAAUGAGUUCAUACAUCCUCUAUUACGUACUGCAGGAGCAACGGCUGGAAAUUAAUUACAACCACACCGGCAAUCAGACUGUGUAUGGGUCUCACUCGUCUCCAUUCUUCUCCCCUGACGAUGCCCGUGUCUCCACUGUUAAAAGUUUGAGUCGUUUCAAAACUUGAAAUCAAAUAAAACAUUAAUUUGCAGUCUUCUCUUUUGCAUUUUCCUGUAAAAUAUGUACUCAUUUCUCCCUCACUCAGGUCUCCUUGCUCACACCGCAAUUCGCCAACUCGAUAACCCGGCAGUCCCAAUCGUAGAGGUUUUCAAAGAGCCUUCUGAGGCCUACGUUGCAGUGCCCACCUCCCCCCACUCUAAGUAG